UUGCCUGACAACGCAGUAGCCAAUCCCUGAGGUGUUUGGUGAGUCAGCUCCGGAGUCUACAGGCCAAGCAAGCUCGUCAGGCGGGUUAUGCGUUUUUUUCCGAGGGUACCUUCAUGAUGACAUAACACGAGCUGUCUGCGUUGGCCAUUCCGUGAGCUGCAUGUAUCCUGGGAGGUAGCGGAUGAUCCAGACACAUUCGGUGUGUUCUGAAGCACCGCUGCCCUGAGGGAGUCUGGAGGACUGCAGCAAUGCCAGAAUCUUCACUUGAAAUCAAGGACACUUCCUGCAGCUCUUCAAGAUACAGAAUGUCAUCUCUGAGGCAGUACAGCCAAUCAUCAGUGCUCCCUCUGCCAAUGACCAGAAACCCCUACACCAUGCCUACAAUAAGUGCCUUCUGUACAGAGGACAAUGUGUCAGAAUGUAUCUCAUACAUCAAUCGGGAGGUAUCCUCUCUUGGCUUUCCAUUGCUUUGCACAGAGUCUAACAACGGUCCUGAACUGAAUCUGGUGGCCGUGCUGAAUAACGUGUACAACCUGCUCCAGCUGCACCGCCGGUGCCUGCAGACAGUGGAGGACAUUGAAGUGGAGCAGGUCAAGUCCAACAGCAACAUGGAUUAUCUGCAGCUCAGCAACACUAGACUGAAGGAUCAACUUGAACUCUCCAAGAGGGAAAACACUGGACUUCUUGAGAGAGAACGUCAGCUACAGCUGAAAGUGAAGAGCUUACAUAACUGCCUGAAAAAUGAAAAAGAAGAGGUACAGAAACUUCAAAGCAUCAUAGCAAGCCGUGCCACUCAGUACAAUCAUGACAUGAAGAGGAAAGAAAGGGAGUUCGGCAAACUAAAGGAGCGCCUGAAUCAGCUUCUGAUCGACAAAAAGGAUAAGAAACAAACGUUUGAAGUAUUGAACUACGUGGGAAGAUCGGAUGGGAAGAGAAGCCUUUGGAAAACUGGGAAGACUGAGGCCAGACAUGAGGGAGAGAUGUAUAAGACUCUACUGAACGACUACGACAGUCGCCAUAAGGACCUAUUGAUGGAGAACGCAGAGUUAAAGAAAGUAUUACAGCAGAUGAAAAGGGAUAUGGUCACCAUUUUGAGCCCCAGGAAACCUAGCCAAAGUGGCGAGAAACAUGAUGACAGUCUAGAACAGACCAGCUCAGAAGAGGAUGAGGUGUGUGACUCAAGUAGAGAGAGCCUGGAGCUGUCCUGUGAGCAUGCAAGGGAACAGCUCACCAAUAGCAUUCGCCAGCAGUGGAGGAGACUAAAGAGCCACGUGGAGAGACUGGACAGCCAAGCAUCCUUGGUAGGGGAGAGAGCCAACAUGAACGCCAUCCCCAAAGAGGUCCAUGAAGAGGAGAUGGACAGGCUGAAACUGGAGAUCCAGCAGUAUAAAGACUUCAUCCACACGCAGCAGCAGCUCCUGCAGCAGCAGCUGAACUCCCCAUGUGACGAUGAGACAGCCUCGCUGCUCAACGACUGCUACAUGCAGGAGGAGAAGGAGCGCCUCAAGGAGGAUUGGAAGUCCUUCGAAGAAAAAAGGAAGAACUUUGAGGCGGAAAGGAGGAACUUCACAGAGGCAGCCAUAAGACUGAGCCACGAGAGAAAAGCAUUUGAAGAGGACCGCGCCACAUGGCUCAAACAUCAGUUUUUAAACUUGACUCCAUUUGGAGACCAAAUGAAACCACAGAUGUCAAAGUCUCAAAGUGCCUUAUCAGGAUGGGCUGAGUCAGAGGUUAGGCCCAUGUCGACUCCAGCAAAGUUAAAUAAAUCACUAUCCCACACGGCUUUCUCCACAUCCAGAGCCUCUCCAGCGAAGACGCCAUCCACGGCAGAUCUGUAUCGCACACACCGCCUUAUCCCAGAAAAAAGGUACCCUACACAUGAUUUAGAUAUUCAUAACAGCCCAAGCACAAUCCACCCAAAGCAAGACUCCAGCAUCCUUCGCAAUGAUGAUGUUCCUGCCCAGCUCCGACACGUGAAUGGAGGAGCAAAUUGCAGAGCAUACACAUUCACGGGAGAUAGAAUUGGCUCCAUUUAAACACAGGUGUCCAUGCUCUUAAACUAUUCAAUAUCAAGUGUAGUAUCAAAGGUAGUCAGACACACUUAAAUGGAAACGCAAAACACAAAAUAUAUUUAGUUCUUGUUUGUAGAACUUUAUAAAAUAAAAAUCUAUAAUUUAACUAGACAAAAAGGACCCGGACAGACGAGGCCCCUGUCUGUGUUUUGAUAGAGCCAUAAUAUUUUGGCUGCUGAGUGGCUCAUUGUAAAUGGCAGGGACAAAUUAGUGUGGUUUUUAAUGUAAUAUUGGUGUUUGUAGAAGUCGUUUUUUAUAUAUUUAAUGUCAAAUGUCUUUGUUGUAUUACCUUUUUGUUAAGGUCAUGUAGUUUUAUAAAGUUGAAUGUUUAUCCGUAGGCACUCUGUAAGACAGCGUAAUGUAUUUAUAAUGGUCACAAUUGUUUCCCCCUUAAAUAUUUGAUAGCAUCUUAGAAUGUACUUUUAUUUCAAUGCUGCUGAUACACCAAAGGCAAUAAGAUAUAUUAGUUCUGUCAAUUUCAUAAAUACAUUUAAAUUGUGUCUUUCCCCUUGAA